UGCGCGUGGUUCGCUUGUUAUUUUUUUUCUAUUCUAUUAUUGUUGCUAUUCCAACAAAUAGACGCUCGUUAGCGGCGAGUGUAUUGUUUGAGCUGAGUUUGCACUUGAAUUUGUUGCUAUUGUUGUGUGUGUGUGUGUGAAAUGGCAAGUGCAGUGGUGCUGUUGCUUAUCUGCUGGCUGCUGCAGUUUAUUGCGCCACAUGCGGCACAGUAUGCGCCGCCGAUUGCGUGUCCCGAGUAUUUCGAGUAUCUGCUGUUCAAUCAGCAGUUCAUAGGUCACAUCUCAGUGCGUCAUGAUCCGCAGCUGCAGAACAACGAUCUGUAUGUGGAGUUUUCACAGCGCGGCGCUUACGAAUGGAGCUAUGUGGGCAGCCUAACACUGCUAGACGAUCAGGAGACAACAAAAACGAAUUUAGCUAAUGGCUGGCCCAUCAAUUACAGAGUGGACUUUCCCAUACCCAACAGCCCGCCCAAGUUGACGCUCAUACGUCUCAACAGCAAUGUGCUCUGCAGCUCAGGGCAGUAUGCCAGACCACGCACUUCCAUCGCGCUAAUGCACUCGCUGCAUUCCACAGUGCCGCUUAGCUUUGUGCGGCCACGCCCACAGUUUGUAGAGCAGCCCAUAUAUAAUGUAAGCGUACCCGACUUUAGAGCGCCCAUUGAGCAAAGUGAUGUUGGCAGUCGCGUGCAGCCACGCCCACAGACUGUAGAGCAGCCACGCCCACGCCCACAGCCACAACCACGUCCGGAGCCUCCAGUGCAGCAGUCAGCGCGCAAUCCGCAGCAGCUGAGCGCUAUAUGUGGACGCGAGCGCGCAGUAACAACGCCGCUUAUAUUCCAGGGCAAGCCGCUGGAGCGUGGGCAGCUGCCCUGGCUGGUGGGUCUAUUUGAGCGCGACCAGGACAGCGCUCAGCUUACUUUCUUCUGCGGCGGCACGCUGCUCUCUGCCUCGACGGUGCUCUCGGCAGCGCAUUGCUUUCGCUUUCCUGGUCGUGACUUGCCUGCAAGUCGCACUGUCGUCUCGCUGGGACGCAAUACCUUGGAUCUCAUAUCAGAUGGCCAGCUGAGCGAUGUCUCCCAGCUGCUCAUACACGAGCAGUACAAGCCGGUGGAGUAUACGCAAGCAGAUCUGAUGCUCAUUAGACUGGCAGCGCCUGUGAUCUUUGAUGACUACAUUGUGCCCAUUUGCCUGUGGAGCGAGCAGCUGCCGCUGCAGCUGCCUUCGGGCUACAAGAGCUAUGUGGCCGGCUGGGGCGCCGAUGAGCUGGGCAAUGUCAAUACGCGCGUCUCCAAAAUUACCGACACUGACAUUGUCACCGAAUCCAAUUGCCUGCGUGAGCUGCCCGCGCGUCUGGUGCAGGCCAACACUAUUUGCGCCAAUAAAGCGGGCGCUGGUCCUUGUGCCAGCGAUGGCGGCGGUGGUUUGAUGCUGCACGAACAGAAUCUUUGGAUUCUGCGUGGCGUAAUCUCGGGCGGACAGCGCAAGGACAAUACCUGUGAUCUCUCCAAGCCUGCUGUCUACACGGACGUGGCCAAGCACAUAAGCUGGGUGCGCCAGAAUAUGUGGAACUAACUAAACUAAGACUAUUAGUUGUAGUCAACAAGCUUCCUGUCAUUAAUUUAUUAAUAAUUAUAUAAUAAACAAAUGCACUGCUCGGCAGAUUCACGGGCUUGAUCACAUA